AUGAACAAGAGAAGUCGAAGAGCUUGCAAUUCAUGCAAAUCAAGGAAAAAACGUUGUGAUGGAAGGGAGCCUGUAUGCGGAAGAUGUGCCGAACGAGGGCUGAGUGGUUGCACGUAUUCCCAUCAUUUGGACAGAAGACGGCCUUUUACGAAGGCUUAUGUGGAUUCCCUGACGGAGCAGAUAAAAACUUACAGAAACGAGAUCAAGAGGCUUAGGCUACAAUCAGCUUCCAGCGGCUCAAUCGAACGAUCACAAAGUGAACCUCUCUCCAACAGUAGCCAGGACGAAGAUACUGAAGCUGCAUCGGAUACGGACCCAAAGGAAAAGAGUAUUGCCGCUGCAAGCUACUGGGACGGACGUAUUGAUAGAUUUGGUAAGCUCCAGAUUGCCAACGAUGGGACGUUUCGGUUUUUUGGCCCCAGAUCGAUAAUGUCUUUCUUGGAGCAUGGCACGAAGACCGAGGACGAUGCAUUAAGCCAGAGAAGAAUGCAAGCUGAAUUUUCUCUUUCCAAUUUGGAGCGCCAUUUUAUCGAUUUGUAUUUCGCUUUUCAAAAUGCGCUCUUCAUUUUCGUCUGGAAGCGCCUGUUUGAACGAGAGAUGGAGCUACCGCCAGCCUCCAGAAGGCGAGGGUUUUUCAGUAUCGGUCUUUUACGUGCAAUUUUAGCUGUAGGCUCUCUAUUCUAUAAUGACUCGGAGGAGAGCAUCGCUACAAGGGGAGAUGAUUAUGCUUCUAUGGCUUGUUACCAUUUACAGCAAGAGGUUAAAUCUCCGAGUCUGACCACUGUACAAAUUGCCGGCAUUCUUGCUAUCUUUUAUGUCUACAAAGCUAAAGAUGAGCUUGCAUGGUACUAUUGUGGUAUCGCUGUCACGACUUCUUAUACACUUGGGCUGAAUGUUGAGAACGAGGCUUUGCAAAGCAGAAUACAGGACUACGAAGCUUACAAGGAGGUAAGUAAGAUUUCAUUUUGGGGUACUUACUUUCUCGAUAAAGCUUUGAACAGCAUGCUUGGGCGUCCAACACUACUAAAAUCGAGCUCAAUCACUUGUACUGUUCCGGGUGACAUUGGUUUGCGAGAGUUUGAUCUUUGGAGAGAUCCUCGCAGUCCAGUAAUCAGUGGCCCUAGCCCAGAUGAUGCAAGAUUUUACAGAGAAUAUUCUCAAAUUUCUUUUACCACUGAACUUCUCAUUCUUGUUGAAAAGCCAUUAGAUGCCCUAUAUUUGUUUUUCAAACCCUCGGAUCCCAAUAACCUCGAAUUAGUGGUGCGAAAGGCCACUACCAGUCUUAUAGAAUUUGAAGCUUCACUUCCUUAUUUUAUGCGGCUCAAUUUCCUCAUUGCCAAAGAUUCACAUAACGGGGUCUCCCCGGGCCUAUUUUUUUUCAGAUAA